GCCUCUUCCCCGUGUUCCUUUUAACAGUCCCGUUCUUUCGCUGGGAUAUGAGCAGAUGUUGCCCUUCCCUGCUGCCAAUGUGAAGUAUCAGAAGAGAACAGUUGGAACUUUCUGGGACAAGAGAGGACUGUUUAUUCUCUCAUACUUAGAUUUUAGUAAGUGAAGAGCUCAAAGUAUUGCAAGUAAAGACGAGGAUUCCUCCUCCUGCCCAGGGCCUGUCAUGGAUGAGGAGACUCAGCACAGCCUUGAAUGCAUCCAGGCUAAUCAGAUUUUUCCCAGGAAGCAGCUGAUCCGAGAGGAUGAGAACCUUCAGGUGCCGUUCAUUGAGCUGCACGGGGAGAGCACGGAGUACGUGGGACGAGCAGAGGAUGCCAUCAUUGCCCUUUCCAACUACAGGCUCCACAUCAAAUUCAAGGAAUCUGUUGUGAAUGUUCCAUUGCAGCUCAUUGAGAGUGUGGAGUGCCGGGAUAUAUUCCAGCUUCACUUGACUUGCAAGGACUGCAAGGUUAUAAGGUGUCAGUUUCCCACGUUUGAGCAGUGCCAGGAGUGGCUGAAGAGGCUGAACAAUGCCAUCCGCCCCCCGUCCAAGAUCGAGGACCUGUUCUCCUUCGCCUACCACGCCUGGUGCAUGGAGGUGUACGCCAGUGAGAAGGAGCAGCACGGGGACUUGUGUCGCCCAGGAGAACAUGUAACUUCCAGGUUUAAGAACGAAGUGGAACGGAUGGGGUUUGAUAUGAACAAUGCCUGGAGGAUUUCCAACAUCAAUGAGAAGUACAAGCUGUGUGGCAGUUACCCCCAGGAGAUCAUCGUUCCCGCCUGGAUCACGGACAAGGAGCUGGAGAGCGUGGCCAGCUUCCGCUCCUGGAAGCGCAUCCCUGCCGUGGUGUACAGGCACCAGAGCAAUGGGGCUGUGAUCUCCCGCUGUGGGCAGCCCGAGGUGAGCUGGUGGGGCUGGAGGAACGCCGACGAUGAGCACCUGGUGCAGUCCGUAGCCAAAGCCUGUGCCUCAGACUCCAGGUCCAACAGUAACAAGUUAAUGAAUGGGAAUUGUUCCAGAGAUUUGUCCAAUGGAGGGGACCUUUCUGAUGUGGAAUUUGACUCCUCCAUCUCCAACGCCUCAGGAGCAGAGAGUUUGGCAAUCCAGCCUCAGAAGCUUUUGAUCCUGGACGCGAGAUCUUACGCAGCAGCCGUGGCCAACAGAGCCAAGGGGGGUGGCUGUGAAUGCCCAGAAUAUUACCCCAACUGUGAAGUAGUGUUCAUGGGGAUGGCAAACAUCCACUCCAUCCGCAAGAGCUUCCAGUCGCUGCGCCUGCUCUGCACACAAAUGCCAGAUCCAGGAAAUUGGCUGUCAGCUCUGGAGAGCACCAAGUGGCUGCAGCACCUGUCAGUGCUCCUGAAAUCGGCGCUGCUGGUGGUGCACGCCGUGGACCGGGACCAGCGGCCGGUGCUGGUUCACUGCUCCGACGGCUGGGACCGCACUCCCCAGAUCGUGGCCCUGGCCAAGCUCCUGCUGGACCCCUACUACAGGACCACAGAGGGUUUCCAGGUGCUAGUGGAGACGGAGUGGCUGGAUUUUGGCCACAAGUUUGCGGAUCGCUGUGGCCACGGGGAGAAUUCGGACGACCUCAAUGAGCGCUGCCCGGUGUUCCUGCAGUGGCUGGACUGUGUCCAUCAGCUCCAGAGGCAGUUCCCCUGCUCCUUCGAGUUCAACGAAGCAUUCCUUGUGAAGUUGGUGCAGCACACCUACUCCUGCCUCUUUGGAACAUUCCUGUGCAACAAUGCGAAAGAGAGAGGAGAGAAGCACACUCAGGAACGGACCUGCUCCGUCUGGUCUUUGCUGCGGGCAGCAAACAAAGCCUUCAAAAACCUGCUCUACUCCUCCCAGUCGGAAUCUGUGCUGUACCCCGUGUGCCAUGUGCGGAACCUGAUGCUCUGGAGCGCUGUUUACCUGCCCUGCUCCUCCCCCUCCACGCCCGCCGACGACACCUGUGCCCCGUACCCUGUGCCAGGCUCUAGCCCCGAAGAGCAGCCUCUGGGCAGGCUACCAAAGACAAGGUCCUUUGACAAUCUGACGACAGCCUGUGACAGCAGCGUGCCUACAACCAACCGCCGGAGCAGCGACCCCAGCCUCAACGAGAAGUGGCAGGAGCACCGCCGCUCGCUGGAGCUCAGCAGCCUGGGCCCCCCUGGGGACGACCCCUUCGAGGGGGACGGGCUGGGCAGGCAGGGCAGGGCCCCCCUGGGCGCAGAGCUCUCUGUGGCAGCCGGGGUGGCAGAGGGACAAAUGGAGAACAUCCUGCAGGAGGCCACCAAAGAUGAUGUUGGGCUGGAGGAGCACUUGAGGGGUGGCCUGGAGGCAGCAGGGAAAGGGGAUGAGGUUGGCCUGGAUAAGGAGAAGAGAGCUGACGGUCUGUGUGGGGAAAAGGCCGAGGUGGAUACAGGUACCAUAACGAACAGUCCCACAGCCAGCCCCCACCCUGCCUCACGCGGCGCUGCCGAGCUCAGAGGGCAGCAGGACGAGCACAGCCAGCCCAGCAGCGCUCUCCAGAAGGCACCUCAGGGCAGAGGGCUGCAGGCUGCUCCUCCCGAGGGCUCUGGAAACAGAGAUGCUCCAGACAACACGGAGGAGGAAGGUGUUGGGAAGGGUGAAGGAGGAGCAGAGAGCCCGUACGGCACGGCCCAGGCCAGCCUUGCCUUCCCUUUGACAGCCCUGAUGGAGGAAAGGACAUCCAACAUCGAAAGCUCCACGGAGACUUUAACGGAGGGCGAAGCAAAGCCCGAGCUGACGGCCAGGGCUUCGUGCCACAGAGCUCACCCCUUCGACAACAGCGCUGACGAGCUGUCCCGAACUCUGCAGAGCAGGCCGGAGGGGGAGUGCAUGAUAGAGCUCCAAAAACUGGGAUCAAGAGUGCAUAGGACUUCUGGCAGCAGCACCACACACCUCCCGAUGCCUUCCCCUUGUGCCUUGCCUCUAGCAGACCGCAAAGAUGAGCUGGUGUAUAACGGGGAGCUGGAGCUGGAGAACAAACUGGUGGAGAAACCCGCGGGACUCGCGGCCCCCAAAUUCCCCGCCACCAACGGACACUGCGUCAACGGCGAGGACGGGCGCAUCAAGGCCUCGCUGAGCAGGCAGGUGUCCACGGCCAGCUGCAGCUCUGCUCAGCUCCACCUGAGGAACUUGCACCAGAAAUGGGUGCUGAGCCAGCUCGGCAAGCAGCCGGCCAGCAGCCCGGACCAGCCGGCCCGCAGCCACCUGGACGACGAUGGGAUGCCCGUCUACAGCGACGUCAUCCAGCAGCGCCUGCGCCAGAUCGAGACGGGCCAUCAGCAGGAGGUGGAGACCCUCAAGAAGCAGGUGCAGGAGCUGAAGAGCCGCCUGGAGAGCCAGCUCCUCAACAGCUCCCUGCGGCUCAACGGCGACUACGGCGACGAAGUGACGUCUAUUCCCGACUCGGAAAGCAAUCUGGAUCAGAACUGCUUGUCUCGCUGCAGCACAGAGAUUUUCUCUGAAGCCAGCUGGGAACAGGUGGAUAAACAGGAUACAGAGGUGACGCGGUGGCUCCCGGAUCACCUGGCCGCGCACUGCUACGGCUGCGACAGCGCCUUCUGGCUGGCCAGCAGGAAACACCACUGCAGGGACACUGACCGAGUUGAUCAGCUCUGGAAUUGUGGCAACGUGUUCUGCUCCAGUUGCUGUAACCAGAAGGUGCCCGUUCCCAGCCAGCAGCUCUUCGAGCCCAGCAGAGUCUGCAAAUCCUGCUACAGCAGCCUCCACCCCGGCAGCUCCAGCCUGGACCUCGAACUGGACAAGCCCAUCACUGCCACGUCCAACUGAGCUCCCGGAGGGGGAGCAGCCGAGCCGCCCCCUCCCCAGGACACGCGGGCCCGGGGGGCCGGGCUGCGCGUGGGGGCGGGACAGACCCGAGCUGUGCCGCUGGAUUGUGGGAUUCUCCUUGUGCAGCUCCUCCCCUUCCCUGCCUGUCCUGUCCGUGUGUCCGUGUCCCCGCGCGUGCUGCGUGUACAUACAAUAAUCUAUCUGUUUGUUUGCGGGAGGGAGCUGGUGCAGGGCCAGCGUCCCUGUGGGUAUUUAUCUGUCCCACUGCAGAACUGCUGCAGGCCGAGGAGUUUGGGGAGCAGGGAGCAGAGGGAGCCGGGCCAGAGUGCAGAGCCUGAAUAGCUGCAGCCUCCAGUGCUUUCAAUCACUCCUCUUAUUCCAAACCUGAAACUGCUGUUUGGGAACCUGUUGCUGCUAGAAGAGGUGGGGAAUCUCCUUCCCCAGAGACCUUUUCCCUCUCUGUUCUCACAGUGGGUUGCCCGAGGGGGUCUCAGUCAGGUUCCUGUGCUGGUGGCUCUGUGCACAAUCCGGGAGGUCUGAGCCCUCAGAGCAGGAGCCCCUGGAAUGCUGGCUCAGGAAUGCACGUGCUGUUGGUGAGAGCCGCGCCAGGCAUCACCCCGGCCUUGCCAGGGGUCUGCAAUUCCUGAUUCAAUCCGACUAGGACAGGAGCAGAGCUCUGCCUUGUCCUUGCCCAGUCCAUGUGAGAUUCCCUCUGGGAGCAGAGCAUUGCCAUGGUCAGGUCCUGGCUGGUCACUCGCACUUUACUGGACGAUCCAAACCGAUGGAAGGUGGCCGGGACCCGCCAGCGCUGGGUGCCCUCCUGGGAUGCUCCUCCUUUCCCAGGCUGUGUUCAGUGUACUCCAGAUAGGAAAAAGCUGCCUGAGGAGCUUAAAACAAUCCAAAAUGCAUUAUGGAUUCCCCUUCCUCCUUCUGUCCCAAUCAGACUCACCUCACUGAAGGGUAAAACUCCCAAAUACCUGUUUGUAACCGACUGGUAGGUGCUGAUCCCAUUCCCUUCCCAUAGAUCCUGCUUAGUGCAAUCCGGCAAGGAGGAAGAGUAGAUCCUGCUCACAGUGCAUUCCCUAGGCACAAUCCCAAAUUCUCUACGGGAUUCCCAAGAAUCCUGGAGUAUUUGAGAGUUCUAGAUACAACAGCUCAAAAUGCAAGAAACCUUGGGAAAGGAGCAUUUUCUUUUCCUGGAAUGUCACAAUCACAUCAUCCAAAGGGAGGCUCACGGGGAGGAACCAUCUGGCAGAGCUCAGUGGGUGUGAGGGGAGAUGCUGAGGUGCUCGGACCGUGCCCUUCCCACCCUGCCGGGAUCCGUGUGCUGGUGGGGAAUGUCCAGGAAGGAGGAGGCUGCGUCCGCCUGGGAGACGGGGCUGGGGACGGACGGAGCGUCUGGGGAUCUCUCUGGCACAGCUCUGGAGAAAGGACACUGAGGGGAAAGCCAAGUGAAGGACGGCGUUUCCAGCCAAAGGUGUUUAGGGUCUGUUCCUGACCCAGUAGUGGGGCUGGAAGGGAGGCACGGGUGUGGCUGUUCGUUGGAGCAGGCUGAGGGAACGUCCGGCUCUUCCCGGGGGCGAGGGGGAGGUGGCAGGGCCGGGUGGGGGGACACCCCAACCUCGUGUGGUUUGUGGUGGAAUCAGCCCGAGCUCCGCACGUGCCAAGGGGGUCCGCUCCGGGCCGGGGCUGGAUGUACAGUGUGAAUAAAGCUUGCAGCUCUUUAGGCUUUUUUGGAUCGAUGAAGCACUUUUUUUAUUAAUAUUAUUUUUCUUUGUAUGUAAAGGAGGAAGCCGUCUCUCCGUAGCUGUGUACAGAAAUAACCCUUCUCUCCGCAAGAGAGUAAAGUGCUCCUAUAUUUUUCAUUUUUGUCAAAAGCGAGAAGUAAAUACUUUAGAAUUGUUAAAUAUAUAAAUAAAAGUGAA